AUGGCUGCAGACAAGGCUGCAGAUCAAGGAGCGGAGAAGCAUGAAGGAGCAGGUCAGUCCUCCGGGCUGACUGACCAGGAGAAGGAGCUGUCCUGUAGCGCUUUCCAGGCUUUCUCAACUGGAAAUUACGAUACCUGUCUACAACACCUUGCCUGCCUACAAGACAUAAACAAAGAUGAUUAUAAAAUACUUUUGAAUAUCGCAAUAGCUGAGUUUUUUAAAAGUAAUCAAACAACAACGGAUAAUUUAAGACAAACACUUAACCAGCUGAAAAAUCAGGUCCACUCAGCUGUUGAAGAAAUGGACGGAUUGGACGAUGUUGAAAACAGCAUGUUGUAUUAUAACCAGGCAGUCAUUCUUUAUCAUCUCCGACAGUUCACAGAAGCCAUAUCAGUGGGCGAGAAACUUUAUCAGUUCAUAGAACCGUUUGAAGAAAAAUUUGCCCAAGCCGUAUGUUUUCUGCUGGUCGACCUGUACAUACUAACUUACCAGGCUGAGAAAGCUUUGCAUCUUCUUGCCGUUCUAGAGAAAAUGAUUUCCCAGGGCAACAGCAACAAAAAUGGGAAGAAUGAGACUGGGAAUAGCACCAAUAAAGAUGGAUCUAAUCAUAAAGCUGAGAGUGGAGCUCUAAUAGAAGCUGCAAAGUCAAAGAUACAUCAGUAUAAAGUAAGAGCUUAUAUCCAAAUGAAGUCCUUGAAAGCCUGCAAAAGGGAAAUCAAGUCGGUCAUGAACACAGCCGGAAAUUCAGCACCCUCUCUGUUUCUUAAAAGCAACUUUGAGUACUUAAGAGGCAAUUACCGAAAAGCGGUGAAGCUGCUGAAUAGUUCCAACAUUGCUGACCAUCCAGGAUUCAUGAAAACAGGUGAAUGUCUGCGCUGCAUGUUCUGGAACAACCUUGGCUGCAUACAUUUCGCCAUGAGCAAGCACAACCUGGGCAUUUUCUACUUUAAAAAGGCUCUUCAGGAGAACGACAGCGUCUGUGCCCAGCUCAGCACCGGCAGCACAGACCCAAGCAAGAAGUUCUCCGGGAGACCUAUGUGCACGCUCCUGAGUAACAAGAGGUACGAGCUGCUGUACAACUGUGGGAUCCAGCUGCUGCACGUCGGGAGGCCGCUGGCCGCCUUCGAGUGCCUCAUCGAAGCCGUGCAGGUCUACCACGCCAACCCUCGCCUCUGGCUCCGCCUGGCCGAGUGCUGCAUUGCUGCGAACAAGGGGAGUUCAGAACAAGAGACUAAAGGACUUCCAAGCAAAAAGGGAAUUGUCCAGUCCAUUGUUGGCCAGGGCUAUCAUCGGAAGAUCGUUCUGGCAUCACAGUCAAUCCAGAAUACUGUAUAUAACGAUGGGCAGUCCUCAGCCAUUCCUGUAGCCAGUAUGGAGUUUGCGGCCAUUUGUCUCAGAAAUGCUCUGUUGCUUUUACCUGAAGAACAACAAGACCCGAAGCAGGAAAAUGGCUCUAAGAGCAAUAACCAGUUAGGAGGAAACACGGAAAACAAUGAGAGCAGCGAGACAUGCAGCAGUAAAAGCCAUGAUGGGGAUAAAUGUAUUCCGGCUCCCCCUUCUUCUCCACUGAGGAAACAAGAAUUAGAAAACCUGAAGUGCUCCAUACUCGCCUGCAGCGCUUACGUGGCCCUGGCUUUGGGGGACAACCUGAUGGCUCUGAGUCACGCAGACAAGCUCCUUCAGCAGCCCAAGCUGUCAGGAUCACUCAAGUUUCUAGGUCAUUUAUACGCUGCCGAAGCCCUCAUCUCUCUGGACAGGAUAUCUGAUGCGAUCACGCACCUGAACCCAGAGAACGUCACUGAUGUCUCCUUGGGAAUCUCCUCAAAUGAACAAGACCAAGGAUCAGACAAAGGGGAAAAUGAAGCAAUGGAGUCCUCCGGGAAGCGGGCCCCCCAGUGCUACCCAAGUUCAGUUAGCUCCGCCAGGACGGUGAUGCUCUUCAAUCUCGGCAGCGCCUACUGCCUGCGGAGCGAGUAUGACAAAGCACGGAAGUGCCUCCACCAGGCAGCCUCGAUGAUCCAUCCUAAAGAGGUGCCCCCGGAGGCCAUCCUGCUGGCGGUGUACCUUGAGCUGCAGAAUGGUAAUACUCAGCUGGCCUUACAGAUCAUCAAAAGGAAUCAACUGCUCCCUGCGGUGAAAACUCUCUCUGAGAUGAGAAAGAAGCCGGUGUUCCAGCCUGCGCACCCGAUGCCGCCCAUCCAAAUGCCGGCUUUCACCACAGUGCAGAGGAAAUGACAUUCUGCUGGUGAAACGCUGUCACCUGAGCCCCUGGGGCAUCUGCUGGCCUGAACGUCACAUCGCAGCAAACUGAAUACAAGACAGGAGAUGGGUG